AUGAGCCAUCUCACACCAAAAAUCGUACUUGUCAGCAAGGAUGGGAAAAUAUUCACUGUUGAGAAAGAGGUUGUCAUGAAGUCUGUUGUCCUUGCAAAUAUUAUCUCUGAAUCUCUUAAUAUCAAUGAAGAUGAUCAAGAUGAUGAUGACCAAAUACCUCAAGAUAUCGAAAUCCCUGUGAGCAAUGUUGACUCUGUUACUUUGAAGCUCGUUUUACAAUGGUUGGAACAUCAUGUAAACACCGAUUUUGAUGGCAAAGAUAAAGAAAUCGGUAUCGAUGAAAAUACUACUGUGCCUGCCUGGGACAAGAACUUCUUGCAAGUGGAUGAUUCCACUUUAUAUGAAAUCAUGCUAGCUGCAAACUAUCUUAAUAUCAAACCCUUAUUGGAUAUUUGUUGCAAAUUAGUUGCUGAAAAAAUCAAACAAAUGAGUUACUCAGAGAUCAGAACUCAGUUCAACAUCACAAAACAAUUCAACAAAGAAGAAGCUGAAGCCAUUAAAAGAGAAAACGAAUGGGCUGUUGAUGUUAUUUAA